UUUAAGCAGCAGCACGUAGGUUGUUGCGCAUUCUGCUUCACUUGAUUUCUCUGUGCUUUCGUGUGUGUGGUAUUUCGAACUCAACAUGUCUGACGAAGGAAAACUCUUUAUUGGUGGUCUGAGCUUCGACACCAAUGAGCAGAAUAUAGAACAAGUGUUCUGUAAAUACGGACAAAUCCAAGAGGUGGUAGUCGUGAAGGAUCGGGAGACUAAGAGAUCAAGAGGUUUUGGCUUUGUUACAUUUGAAAAUCCAGAGGAUGCUAAAGAUGCCAUGGCGGCAAUGAAUGGCAAGUCUGUUGAUGGACGUCAGAUCCGUGUUGAUCAGGCAGGCAAGUCCUCUGGUGAUAGGAGGGGAGGCUACAGAGGAGGUUCAUCUGGCGGCAGAGGAUUUUUCCGUGGAGGCAGCAGAGGCCGUGGUGGAGACAGAGGUUAUGGUGGAGGAAGCAACCGGUUUGAAGGUGGCAGAAGUGGAGGGUAUGGCGGCAGCAGUGGGUCACGGGAUUAUUAUGGCAGUGGUAGGAGUCAAGGAAGCUAUGGUGACCGAUCAGGAGGAUCAUACAGAGACAGUUAUGACAGCUAUGCUACACACAACGAGUAAAAUCCAUUCCUGACUCAAGAUCGUCCAUCCAUUGGCUGUAUUUAUAAAGAUUUUUGGAGCUUCGGAGAAACGUUAAUUUGUAGUACAUCUAUUUGUGUUCACUUUUUAUAAAAUAGAACUUGUUCGUUAGUUUCACAGCUUCUGACCUUAACUGUGGAACAGCAUUGCCCUUAAAGUUUCGUUGGGCAUUUAUUUUUAUUUUCUGUUUAAAUUUUACUAUAAGCAAUGGUAAUCGUUUAUCAUUGUGCUGUUCCAUUUGAAGCUGGUUAAAGGGGGGGUUCCCCAAUGUUGUGGGUGUAAAACUGGGGGACUGCAAUACUUAGCAGCUGGCUAAUGUAAUUGCUAAUGCUAGAUACUUGCCUAUAGUGGCUAGUGCUCUUUUGCAGCACUUACAUGAACCUGUGCUGAUUUAUGUAUAUAGUCCUGAGGACUUGCAGACUAUGAAGUUUUUAUUUUUUAAAUACUUUCUUUGAAAGACAUCCCUUUAGUGUGUAACAAGGCAGGACAGGGCCUAGGUGUGCUGUAAAUAGUGGCCAAACCUCCUUGGUAUACCUAAAGUGAACUUUCUGUUCCAACUCUUUGAAAUAAUAUCCUAAGAAGUUCUUGAAAUAAAAAUGUUUAAAUUGUCCUUUUUUUACUGGAAGAGAUGCAAAUGUAUGACGUGGUUACAGAUCUCUUGUAUUACUUUUUUCUUUGGCUUCACGAAGCCUAUUAAAAGAACACCUGAAAAGAA